AAAUAGACGGAAGGAAGGAAGGAUAUGGAUAGUACCAGCGGCAGAAGCAUCAUUAGCAGUGGCGAUGAUAUGUAUAUUUAGGGAUCCAUCCGAUAAAAGUAAUUUAUUUACCUGAACAGGCAGAGGAGACUAGAAAUGUCAAUUGUCGAUCAGGCAAAACAAGUUUCAAAAUUAGCUAGUAGUGCCAGCCCCACUUGGCUUGAGGAAGAUUUUAGAAUGGAUUGGAUUAUUCAACACACGCCUCAUCCCAAAUACGAACAAACGCACCAAUUUAAUUUUGAGUCAAUCGUAAUCAUGAUGAUCGAUGCGUUUUGGCUUCUCUUCUCUUCUCUUCUCUUUACAGAAGAGAGGAAGGAGGAUAUAUGAGGCCGACGAGGAAAGAGGCGAGCUGCCUGCAGCAGCUACUCAUACUCAUACUCAUACUGAAUGGUAGGGUAGCAUUGCUAGCUGCUGAAUAGAAAGAAAGAAAGAACGAAGAAGAACAAGUUACAAUAAUUCUGAAAUCCAACACUCACCCUUGAAUUGGUCGUCACGUCACCAUGAAUGAUCAUCGUAGCAGACGGGGAGUUUCGCCCUGGAUUGUGCUAUUAUUCUGGUGCAUACUCCUCCUCUUCGCCCUCCUCACUAACUUCUCCACCCUCCGCCUCCUCCUUUUCCAAGGUCAUCAGCCCAGAUUGGUAUCCAGAUGGAAUAAUCCGGCGACGAUGGAGAUGAUUGUCGGCGAGAACUCCGCAACUCCAGCAGCGAUCUCAGUCCGAGAAAGAGUUCUCCUUCCUGACGAAGCUCUGCUAUUCCUGAAAUACCACCGGCCGCCGCCGCCGUCAUCGUCGGCUGCUUUAUUAACCAAAGCUGAUCUCACCUGCAUCUACUACUACGCGUCCACGAACUCAUCAUCGCCGCAGCUCCAGCAAUCCCCACCGACUUGGCUAGAAACCAGAGACGAAAACGACCUGCAGAUCGUCCGGUGCCCGGCGCCUACAACAACACAUGGCAUGAUCGUGUCCCUUGCGUUUAACAGCAAGGGUAACAAGAACAGCCUCACACCUCCUGCAGCAGCAGCAGCAGCAGGGCCUACGUACAAAUGGGACUCUCUGGCGUACGAAGCCGCCUUCGAUGAUGAUGACGAGUCAACGAUUGUUUUCGUGAAGGGACUCAAUCUACGGUCAGGAAAGGCUGCUGCCCCUUCCAGGUACAAGUGCCUCUUCUACAUCGGGGAUUCAAACUCCGGCUCCCUUCUCCGGAGCGACGUCGUUUCAGCUGCCCAGGAAAUCGUCAGGUGCCGGACCCCUUCCCCCGUACUUAACGCCCCACCUAGUUUUGGCAGAGACCCCAAUCCCAUUAAGGUCUCCGUUAAGGCCGUUGGCAAGCGGGCCCUCGAUUCCGUUGCACGAAUAAGAAUCCCGGCGGCAGAAUCAGACAGGAACUCCCAAAAACAGCAGCAGCAGCACAGGGUAUGUAUGUGCACGAUGGUGAGGAAUCAAGCUCGGUUCCUGCGGGAAUGGGUGAUGUACCACUCCCGGAUCGGAGUGGAAAGAUGGUUCAUUUACGACAACAACAGCAACGACGAUCUGGAGCGGGUGGUGGAGUCUUUGAAUCAGCAGCAGCAGCACCACAACGUGACACGCCAUAGUUGGCCCUGGAUCAAGAGUCAAGAGGCGGGGUUCGCGCACUGCGCAUUGAGGGCUCGAGAUUCCUGCCAGUGGGUUGCAUUCACGGACGUUGAUGAAUUCUUUCACAUGCCGGCGGCGGCGUCUCACUGGUCCCUCCACGAUGUGAUAAGCAGCAGCAGCGAUGACUACUACUCUGAUGGGGAGGGGGUGGGGGAAAUCCGGGUGUGGUGCCGCAGCUUCGGGCCGUCUGGGCUGAAGCAGCAUCCGGAGAGAGGGGUAAUGGGCGGGUACACGUGCAGGGCGGCUGCAACGGAGAGGCACAAGAGCAUAGUGAGGGCGGAUGCGCUGAACUCGUCCCUCAUCAACGUGGUGCACCAUUUCCAUCUCAAGUCCGGGUUCCGAUCCCUCCAACUCAACACCACCCGGCUGGUGAUCAACCAUUACAAGUACCAGGUGUGGGCGGUCUUCAAGGACAAGUUCUACCGGAGGGUUGCCACCUACGUCUCCGAUUGGCAGGAGGAGAGGAAUGUGGACUCCAAGGACAGGGCGCCCGGCCUAGGGACCAAACCCGUCGAGCCGCCCGAUUGGUCCGCCAGGUUUUGUGAGGUUCAGGAUACCGCCUUGAGGGACUGGGUCCUUCGCCAAUUCGCUGACCCCGCCACAGGCUUGUUGCCCUGGCAAAUACGAAAUCCGGAGGAGGAAAGGAUGACCAAUGCAGAGGGUUCGGGUCCGGAAAUCAUGGAAAAUGGGAAGAGAAACGAGAGUUUGUUCAGCCCAAGGUUUCGAUCGGUGGCGGCGAUGGCCGGUUGGGAUGAAGAGGCACUGCUGAUUGCAAGCCUCGUCGUGGAAGACACGCCCGACCGCCAGUUGAAGCACAAGAAAAGAUCCGGUUUGCACAGUUUCAUAACACCUCCCACAAAUUCUACAAGAAAACGCAGAGCCCAGCGGAGAAGUCCGGCAUCCAAACCAGUGGCGAUUCUUGACCUUGAGGAGGAUGUGGAUGUGGAUGACUCAAACGCAAAACAAGAAAGUGAGAAAAAGAGUGAAGAGACAACCAGUGAUAAACAAGUAGAGAAGACAAAAGGAGGUUAUGAAGAGGGUUGCAGGAACACCUCCACUGCCGCAAUGCCUUUUGAUAAGCUUCGGGAGGAACUUUCUUGCGCAAUUUGCUUGGAGAUCUGCUAUGAACCCAGUACCACGCCUUGUGGACACAGUUUUUGCAAAAGAUGUCUGCGCUCGGCUGCUGAUAAGUGUGGCAAGAGAUGCCCCAAGUGCAGGCAGCUAAUCAGCAAUAGUAGAUACUGCUGCACGGUGAACACGGUUCUAUGGAACACAAUACAGCUAUUGUUCCCCCAAGAGGUGGAGGCGAGGAAGGCAGCAGAAGCAGCAGCUGUAGAUAGUCACGCGAGAACAACUCCUCCAGCUCCAGCAAGAAGUAGUAGGAGGGUCAGAGAAUUUGCGGCAGCAUUGAAUAUCCCUGAGUCGUCUGAGAGAAGAAACCAGAAUCGUCAUCGUCACCGCCAUCUCCCUCGCCGUGUGCAAAGUGGGAGAGAAUUGCCAAGCCAAGAUGAGGAUGCUGCGUUGGCUUUGAGAUUGCAGAGGGAAGAAUUCAUGGAGGUUUUUAACAGCGGCAGCGAGCAUGGUCGUAGAAGUAGUAGUAGUGGGUACAACUCAUCUGCUGCGGCUGCUAGAGCCAAUUUGAGGGCAAUGGCCUCAAGGGCCGCUAACAUUAGGAUCAGAGGCCAACACCACCACUAG